AUGCUUCGCAGGCGCGCUCUCUACAACGACAUGUCAAGUUAUCUGUUCUUCAGUUUCGCUAAUCCAUGCGUCUCUGUCUGCGUCCCAGAUAUGUGUGCUGCGCCGGGUACAUGCCAUGCAGCGGCAGGUGCGGCGAGAGCAAGUGCCCAGAGCUAUGCCUCGCAACAGAGCCCUGAUCAACCGGAUUUCCAGGCGUUCCUCUGCUUCGGCAGCUCGGUUGCUUCGACCAGGUUCCUGCUGCAGGAUGAGUGCAACAUCCAGACGACCCAGUGCGACAACUGCAUCAUCAGCUUCAUGUUCUGCCUCCAGCAGCUGGCCUGCAUCGUCGGCAACCAGGAACUCUCCGAGGCUUCGCAGGCGAUCUCCUGCGUCUCCGACGCGGUCUACUGGACGGUUUGCUCCUGUAUGCAGACGCAGCACAAGGUGGAGCUGGACAAGAGGGACGGCAAACUGGGCGAGGCUGCAAUGACGGUCCCUCCGAUGCAGCAGAUGUCACGCAUCGAUCAGCCGAUGCCGCCUCAGGUCGGGUAUGCACAGCAGCCAACGUCCUACAGGUAG